AUGCGUUUGCUCGAGGUUUCGGCGCUAGUAGCCGCAUUGGCGCUUGCUCGCGCCAACAGCCCGCUCCAGACGGCCGUGGCGUUUGGUCUCAUUGGCUUUUCUGCCACUUCUCACUUGGUUCCGCGUCUCGGCGCCAGUUUUCUCCGCGUGGGUCUUCUGGGCCGGGACUUGUCGAAAAAACCGCCCGUGGCGCCCAUUCCCGAGUCCAUGGGCGUUGUGCCCGCGGUCACGUACAUGGUGUUGCUCGUGACGAUCAUCCCGUUUGUGUUUUUCAAGUACCUUGUCUCGUUCCAGGCGCUUUCCGACGACAGCGACAUCCUGGCCGUGUACGAGAACCAGUACCAUGCGGUGCAGCACAACAACAACAUGUUCCCGCACAACAAGUUGGCCGAGUUCUUGAGCGGCGCCUUGUGUUUGCUCAGCACCGUGCUUUUGGGCUUCUUUGACGACUUGUUUGACAUCCGCUGGCGCCACAAGUUUUUCUUGCCGGCAGUGGCGUCGUUGCCGUUGCUCAUAGUCUACUACGUCGACUUCAGCGUCACGUCCAUCGUCGUGCCGCCGUUUGUGUCGCGUGUGCCUGGCGGCGACGCGGCCGUGGACAUGUUGCGUAUCUUGAUCAACGCCAUCAACCGGGCCGUGUCGGCCGUCACGGGCCUCCGCUUCACCACGUUGGCCACCGACUAUGUUUCGUCCGAGCAGCCUCCGCAGUUGCUCGACUUGGGCGUGUGCUACUACGCCUACAUGUCUGCGUUGUCGAUCUUUGCGCCAAACUCCAUCAACAUCUUGGCCGGCAUCAACGGGCUCGAGGUGGGCCAGUCCAUCGUGUUGGGUGUGAUCUUCUUGCUCAACGACUUGUGCUACUUGCUUUCGGCGCUGUCUCCGGCAGCCCACGACUCGCACUUGCUUUCGGCCAUCUUCGUCAUUCCCUUCUUGGGCGUGUCCGCUGGCUUGUGGCAGUACAACUGGUACCCGGCGCAGGUGUUCGUGGGCGACACCUACUGCUAUUUCAGCGGCAUGGUUUUCGCCGUGGUCGGCAUCUUGGGCCAUUUUUCCAAAACUUUGCUCAUUUUCUUGUUGCCCCAAAUCAUCAACUUUCUCUACUCGGUGCCGCAACUCUUCCACAUUGUGCCGUGUCCGCGCCACCGCAUGCCCAAAUUCAAUGUCGAUGACGGCUUGAUGUACCCCAGUUUCGGGGAACUCAAACAGGCAACUGCCGUGGGCACAGCUCUUGUUUCUGUUUUGGCCAAGUGUGGCCUUAUCCAGGUCAAACGCAACAGUGACAACCAAAUCACCCACUUCUCCAACAUGACCAUCAUCAACUUGGCUCUCGUCUGGCUUGGACCCAUGCGUGAAGACCGCUUGUGCCUUGUCAUUCUCGCCUUUCAGCUAGUCGUGGGCUUGCUGAUGAUUGUGGUGCGCCAUACGGUGGGACCAUGGUUGUUUGGCUACGACAACUUGUCUUGGGGCGUCAAGUGA